AUGACAACCUGUAUCUCACCAGAACUGUUCGAUUAUUCAAGUGAUCGUACAAGCAUUUCUCAGCUGUCUAGAAUACUAGGCAAUAAAUUCAUGGAUGCCUACAUAGGACUCGGAGCAAAUCAGAAGCUCCAGACUGAAUUAUAUAUACUGUCUUACUUACUCAAAGAUCGUGUUUAUCCUGAUGAUCUUUGGCACCUAGUCGGGGAGCGCAGUAUAGAGGCGAAGCAAGAAGAAAUCUUGGGCAGGCACCAAACCAUCUGUCAUGAGAGUGAUGCAGGGAGGCACGCGGCUGUAGAACGCUUUCUCAUUGAAGAGAGGAGGAAACAUUGCAAUAUGGAGGUGUCUUUAUACUCGCAGGCUAUCGGAAUGUUGGAGCAACUCCGAAUGCUACAUAUCAGAGCGCCAGCCAAGCACGAGAUCAGGACUCCCUCAGCAACCUCGAGGCAUGCGGCUGCAUUUUUGCCCUGUGUACCUUUACCCUGUGCACCUUUGGCUUGCUCGAUUGUUACGCGAGACAUAUGUGACACUUGGUCAACGAGUAAUGACGCAUACCUCAACAAGGCUGUGAGACAUUUUGGCAGCUCUUGUCCACCCCAUGUUCCCCAUCAGGAAAGGUCAGCAUCCGUCAUUUUAAUGACCUUCAUUGCCCCUACUGAGCACAUGGAUUACCGUCAAAACACAAGAAGCCUUUACGAUGCAUUCCGAACGGAGCUGCGCAUGCAGGCAGAGCUGAUGACGAAGCUAAGAUGUGCCGUGCCAAAGCUGAGAUUCAGCUCUAUACCCUGGCAAUUCAAAACACCUUUGAAUUUACCUCCUCUGAUCGCAGUUCACAAACACCCCGGGACCAAACUAUACCACAACCUCCACUCCCCGAAGAACUGA